AUGAGCUCGUUGAUAGGUUUUCGCGCCGGCCGCGGUUUCCCGCCGCCCCGCGGCCUAAUUACCGCCGCCUCGCGAUACGUCACCGCGGUGAUUCAAAAAAAUCCACCCAUCCCUCUCUCACUAGACGGCGGUAUGCCGCGGCGUCCCACUCCAGCGAGUAUUUUUAUAAAAACGCAGAAACCGACCGCCGCCGUCCCGCUCGUUCCCACCGCUACACCGCAUCACCCGCACCCUUCGUCUCCUUCCCGCUUUUUACGAGACGUAGGGGCCGCCACCCGAGUGGGGGCGGCGACCGCGCGAACGCAAAAUAUUGACCAUCGGAAAAAGUCGCGUCGUAUCACAGUCAUCAGUCGAAACCCAGUUCUCGUGAGCACGCGUCUCUUCGCGACGACUUCGGAGCGCGUCGUGAGUCUUCGGCUUGCGGUAUCGAGUCACACGGCCUCCCGUUUAUUUUUCCCGAGUCCCCCGCCCGGCGUCUUGCCGUCCGCGCCCAACAAGUGGUGUAGACGCUAG